GCAACAGUGUGUAUUCCGUGUGUAUUUUGUGUGUGUAAUGGAAACAAUGUAUAUCACACACACACAGCAUAGACUUGGUUUAAGCUCAAAAUGAAACACAAAAAUACGGGGGCCCGAAUGACAUUAAGAGCUCCAUACACUUGACACAGUGCAUAUUCAGACGAAACCAACAACGGCCGCAUUUCCAUACUCGAUCCGAAUUUCUCGCUAAUUUUUUUUUUAUUCACACGAAAUAAAAAAACACUUUGAAUUUCGCUGUGUUUCAAAUCAUUUGAUGUGAUAAAACGCUGUGCAUCGGUUUUAUUUUAAUUAAUUGUGAUUAAUUCAAUAUAAUUUUUUUAAUUGUUGUGAUAAAAAAAAGUACGCGAUAGAAGAAACCAUAAACAUACACAACAACGCUUCAGAGAAUAACAAUUACUUUGUGACGUGAUUAAAAAGUAUCUAUAUAUAUAUAAACGAUUUUUUUUGUUCGGUUUCUGGAGUAAAUAGUGAAACAAGAUUAUAACAAAAGUGGAAAUAUAAAGUAGCAUCUAAAUUGAGCGACGACAAUCAUGCAAAGUGUUAAAAAUAGUCUAACAAUUGGACGGCUAGCCAUCAGUACAAACAAAGGACUCAAAUUUCGUAAUGGUCUCUUGUAUGCAUCAAGCUUGAACGCGUACAAUAAUAGCAAUGGAGCUUCAACACAAUUUGAUAUGCCAACACAUCAACAACAUAGAUCGGUACACUUGAGUCCUAUGCGCUGCAAAUCUACAAAAGAUACAUCGAAUACACCGCCACCACCACCACCACCGCCCACGGGUGGAAAUAGAGGCAAUGGAAACGAUAAACCACCAAGCGACACCGAAAAAACCACAUCGACGACCAAGGGCAGUGGAAGUGGUGAUAAAAGUACAACUAUGAAAUGCCCACGAUGUGGUGAUCCAUGUUCACAUGUUGGUACAUUUGUCACAUUGUCACGGUUUGUGAAAUGUGUUAAAUGUAAUCACUUCUUUGUGGUAUUGAAUGAUGAUAAAAAAAUGAAAAAUGCACCAUUAAAAGAUAACACAAAUCUAAAAACUGACCGAAGGCAACCACCGCCUCCCAAGAAAAUUAUGGAAUAUUUAAAUAAGCAUGUAAUUGGUCAAGAUCUCGCGAAGAAAGUACUAGCGGUUGCCGUUUAUAAUCAUUAUAAGCGCAUUUAUCAUAAUGCACCUAGUUCGACUGGUAAUCAAACAAUGGGCGAUUUCUCAUCGGCCGCGGCAGCAUCACGUGGCGGUGAUCUAUUACAUAUAUCAGGUAUUGGACACACAAUGGUCAGUUCGCACCAGAGUGAAUUGCCACGAUCUGGCCAACAGCAACAAACACAACCGCCCACAAAUCAACCUGCUUCCGGUUCCGAAUUGCUCGAUCAAAAAACCCAUGAACUUAAGCUGGACAAAUCGAAUAUUUUAAUGCUUGGACCGACGGGUUCGGGAAAAACACUUUUGGCACAAACCAUUGCCAAAUGCUUAGAUGUUCCGUUUGCAAUUUGUGAUUGUACCACAUUAACACAGGCUGGAUACGUUGGUGAAGACAUCGAAAGUGUCAUUGCGAAAUUGAUGCAAGAUGCCAAUUAUAACGUCGAACGAGCACAAUUGGGUAUCGUUUUCCUUGAUGAAGUUGAUAAGAUUGGAGCUGUGCCAGGCAUUCAUCAAUUGCGUGAUGUUGGUGGUGAAGGUGUGCAACAAGGAAUGCUUAAAAUGCUUGAAGGAACCAUUGUGAAUGUUCCAGAGCGUAACUCACCUCGAAAACUUCGGGGCGAAACAAUACCUGUUGAUACAACAAAUAUUCUCUUUGUGGCUUCUGGUGCAUACACCGGUUUGGAUCGAUUGAUUGCCAGACGUCUUAAUGAAAAGUAUUUAGGUUUUGGUAUGCCUACCAUUUCGUCAGAAGGAAGACGGGCUGCUCAAGCGUCUGCGGCUCCAAUGGAAAAUGAUCAAACCGAACGAGAUGCAUCGCUUCGCAAAGUGGAAGCUCGUGAUUUAGUUGAAUUCGGAAUGAUUCCGGAAUUUGUCGGCCGUUUUCCGAUCUUAGUUCCAUUCCACAGUUUAGACGUUGAUAUGCUGGUUCGAAUUUUAACCGAACCGAAAAACGCCUUAUUGGAACAGUACAAAGCACUAUUAUCUAUGGAUAAUGUUUCGCUUAAAUUUUCCGACGAAGCUUUAAACGCCAUUGCUAAAUUAGCUAUGGAACGGCAAACUGGGGCACGUGGCCUUCGUUCAAUAUUGGAAAAACUGUUGUUGGAUGCUAUGUUUGAAGUUCCUGGCUCCGAUGUGAAAACGGUACUGAUAACUGAGGACUGUGUCAAAGGUGAUUGUCCACCGGAAUAUAUUCGUGGAACAUCCACUUCAACGAGCACCGAUGAACCACCAAAUACACAAGCCACUUCCACCGAAGAAGAAGAAAGUGCACAAGUUCGUGUGAAACAAUAACCAUAAUAUGCACGAUGCUCAUUCAUAUUAGACGUUUUGUGUUUGAAGAGUUUUUAUUAGGAAAAUAAAAAAAAACGAAAAAUUCAAUAUAUAAAAAAACCUACAAAUAUUCAAAUAAGUUGAGAGCGGUUGAGAGUUGUUGAAAAUAUUUUUUUUUCGCUAAACAGAGAAGAGGAAUUUUAUUCAGACAUUAUAAUAUCGUCGAUUUGAUACGCUGUAACGAUUGCUAUAAUCAAUUAAAUACAUUAAACACAUUUUUAAAAAAUGAGUUAA